UGUUCAGGAAUUAAAUAAUAUCACUGGAAUAUGCUCGUUCUAAGGAACAACCAAACACGAGACCAAAUCAACUUCCUAAUUGUUUUGGUUCAUGUUAACUACUAUUCAUACUUUAUUGAAUACAAUUCUAAUGUUUUAUAGGUCAAAGUUUUCCUAAUAUUAAACUCACAGGUGUACGUAGUGUGUGAAAUACAUCACAUUCCAUAGCAAAUUCCAAAAAUAAAAAAUCAUGAGAUUGAUAGUUAUAAUAUCAUGAAAUCUAUAAAUCAUACUCAGAUAGGAAAUUAAUCAAUCAAUCUACCUCUUAUGUGUUUGUAUACACAGAUAAACAGGUAUAUAAAUAAAUACAACUAAUUAUAUCAAUCAUGCAAUACUAUUGCUAUCAAUUCUUUAGCUGUGUGUGCGUGCAGUGUGGCCUACCUCUUGUCACUAUUCCACCAAUCCCUUUUAACUUGUGUGAAAAAUUAGACGACACGACAGCACUGGUAGCCAUCAAUCCCAACCUUUACUUAUUUUAUUCCAGGAAUCAAUUUAGCACCAUUUCAAAUUCAAUCAAUCAAAUUAAUCAAUAUCCACAAGCUCCGGAGCUUCAAAAGGCUUUUUAACCACCACCUGUUGAAACCUACUACAAUUUCUUUUCAUACACAUGUGCACACAUUUUAUCAAAAAAAAAUAAAACUUUUGAAAUAGGACUCAAAAAUUAUUUAUUGACUUUAACCUCAUUACACAAACUUGUGGUAAACAUGUAUAAUCACUUUUCCUGGUGAUAAUGUGAACCAACUAUUCAUAAAAAAUUUUACAAACAACUAUUACUUGUUGACAGAGUGAACAAACCAGUCAUCUCAAAACCAAUGUUUGUAAUCAAAUGACAAAACCUCAUAAUCAAACUUCUUGUAAUUAUCUAUAGCCAAUUAUUGCUAAUGACGUGAUCAAACCAUUCAUCUCAAAAUCAAUAGGCGUGAUUGAAUAAAUAAACAAUAUCAAAACUUCUUGUAGUUAAUUGUUGUUAUCUGUAAUUCAGAAUGCUCCAACCGUUCAUCUCAAAAUCAAGAAUUGUGAUCAAAACAACAACAUAUAGCAGCCAAAGGUUAUUGAUCAAUGACACUAAAACACAACUUCAAAAAGACUUCUAAUGAUCACAAACUCCUGACUAAAAUUAAUAAUAAUAAUAAUAAUAAUAAUAAUAAAAAUAAAAAAUAAUCCCAUAAAUAAAUAAGAAAAGACAUGAUAAAGUCAUCAACUUUGGUGCUGUCACAAUCAUGAUAAGCAUAGCGAAACCCCAACGAUUAACUGGUCCCUAAACCUUGCCAAUCUAAAUUUAAAGCCACGUGACGCGCUAUCCCUUCAACAAAGAAAGUUUUAGUCUACUACCAAAUGAUAGCUAAUCAUGUCCCUCCCACUACACCAACCAACAUAAUAUAUAUAUAUAAUCUAAAGAGAUAGAAAUAGAAACAGAGAAAGAGAAAAAGAGAGCAAGAAAUCCAAAGCAAUAUUACCACUUCUCACACUUUAUCCGCUUCUUCUUCUUCUUCUUCUUUUUGGAAACGAUGAAGCCAUGGCUGUUGGUUCUCCUGUUCUCGUUUCUAUUGCUUCUAUUCAUCCCGAAUCUUAAAGCGUCCAGCUUUAAGCUGAAGAACGGCUGGGAUGCGCUCAACUUCGUUUUGGUUCUGUGCGCAAUCUUGUGUGGGAUUCUUAGCAAGAACACCAACGGUGGAGAUGAGGCUGCGGAGAAGACAACAACACCUACACACCGAUCCCAAGACUGGUAUCCUGCUCAGGAACCAUUGGGUAUGAAUCAGACGGUUGGGAUUCGUCGAAUGAGGAGUAGUAGCUCUUACCCGGAUCUCCGGCAAGAGACGGCGUUGGGGGACACCUGGCGCUUUGCCGAUGACUUUGAGAUCUAUCGUAGCCGUCGAUCCGGAUGGGCUACCUCUCCUCGGGAUUCGGAUUUCAAGACAAUCCCCGUUGAUACCGUUGUUCUCCGCCGUAGUGAUCCUUCUCCUCCGCCGUCACCGCCGAGAUCUGCAGCGCCGGCGCCUCCCCCGCCACCGCCACCUCCACCUCCUCCGCCGUCACAGCGGCGACCGAGGAGACGGAACAUCGAGAAGGUUCCGAAGAUGAAGCCAGACGAGGAGAAGAAGGUUGAAGAGGAGAUCGAGGUUGCGGUCGAGAUCGAGAAACCCUUUCCACCACCAUCACCGGCGCCGCCGCCACCUCCUCCACCCCCAAAGCUCCACAAAAAGAGCUCCGUCGGAGCCAAGGACUUCGCCAACAAGUUGGCGUCGUUCUACCAGAAAAACAAGAAAAAAGGGAGAAAAUCGAAGAAAACCCACGAAGAAACCCAAAACACCGCCACACCUCCGCCGGCACCUCCUCCUCCUCCACCUCCGCCGCCUCCGCCAUCUUUCACUCUCGCUCAGUUCUUCUCCCACAAGAAAUCAUCCACCAAGAAGAAGGUCCACUCGUUCCCAUCUCCGGCACCACCUCCUCCACCGCCUCCGCCACCAAUGACUGAGAGAUCAAAGAAACCACACAAGAAGCGAGAUCAAAUCAUCCAUCCGGGUACAUUGCCUCCACCUCCUCCGCCACCACCGCCGAUGACCCCGCCGCGGAGGACCCAGACCCUUCCGUCUCCAAUGAUCCCUCCGCCAAGUCCAGACGUGAACAACAAGGCGGACAUGUUCAUAGCGCGGUUCCGGGCGAACCUGAAGCUUGAGAAGAUGAACUCCAUUAGAGAGAAACAACAUCGGGAGAAAGAGAAGGAAGAAGAGAACGAGCAGGACGAGAUCAUGAUGAUGAUGAUGAUGGGCGGCAUUUUAGAUGAUGAUGAUAAUAACUAAUUUUUAUUUUUUAUUAUUAUUAAAAAAAAGGGGUGUUUAUUUGAUUUAUUAUUAUUAUUAUUCAUUUUUAUUUUGGAGCUCUGUAUGUAUUAUGUAUUAUGUAUUUUGAUGGAUGGUGCCUGUGUUUGGUUUUUUAAGUUGGCCAGGCAUACUUACCCAUUGGCAUUGAUGAUAUUGAGACAGAAAUAUUUACAUGUUUGUAAGUUGUUUUGUUUUUAUUAUUAAUGUUAUUAUUAUGGAUAAUGUGAUAUGUUUAUAUUGUUUAA